AUGAACGACAUUAGCUAUAUGCCCUUGAAGAUCCUGUACACGUUGGAUGACAGGAGUUGUACGAGUUAUCUGGCAAGGACGAAGACUCCCAGAAAAGUGCAGGUGGUAGAGAUACCGAACCUGCGUGGUGGUGGUGGUGCUGGGGAUGCGAAUGUAGCCGCAACAUCGAGAAUUGGCGCUGUGCCAUUGAACGCUGUAGUCAAAGAACUAUUUGUCAACUCUCCAGAACUAUUGCACAAUGGGGAAUCUCAAGAUUACAACGUUUACUUCAAAGAUAUAUGCGAAGUAGACGAACCGCUGGUGAGUUUAGGGCUGUUAUCGAAAAUACGAAGAGGGCUGAACUUGAAUGAGGGGCGCCGUUUCAAUUACGAUAGUAUAGAAGAGCAACAGCAGGGGCAGGACCCACAGCAGCAGCAGCAGGAACGAAUGGGUGAUGUGGAUGAGGGAACCGAAACCGAAGAAGCGAGUAGCGAUAAUGAUGUGAACGGACUCGGUGGUGACUCCAAUGAGGAAUUGGACGAUACGGUCGUGGUCACUGGGCGCGUGUGUACGAACUUCACAGCGCUAUUGAGAAGAUCGUACAGCAGCAAUAUGUCAUCCCGGAAGGAUGCGAAGCAACCGCUGGCAGAAACAUUAGAGAUAAAGUUAAAACUUUCCAAGAUCACGAACUCGAGAAGAAAGGACAGUUCGACGGAUUCCCCCUUCGUUCAACCGAGUCCAGUAACGAUCCCAACCCCCACAGUUUCGGUGACGCCAAGACAGCGCAAAUCAUCCACAACGAGCACUACCACCCGAGUGUAUCCGGUGCCGACGCCGACGAGUCAAGUAAAUAAACAGCACAAAAUAGUCAAGCCAAGGAGACAGACUAACCCCAUGCCCGCACCAAAGGCCAGUAGAACACAAUCGCUUCCCAUUUGGAACCUGAACUUGAAGAACGGUGGAAACAACACUGCUCUGAGCGGGAAUGCAUUCAUGAAGAAUUCGAUAGCACAUAAGAUAUACCUCGCGGAUAAAAUGACCGAGGCGAACCAACAGAUGGACACACAGCAGGUAUCCUACGAAUUGAACGCAUUGCAGAACGACAACACCGUGCAGAAGACGAGGAUUGACGAUUCAGUCAGCAAAAGGUUCGAUUUUAUGUUGAACAGAAAACGGAAACCACAAGCGACAAAGAGACCGAAACCGGCCGCCAAGGGAAAGAACAACACCGCUAAGACUCCAGUGUCGCCUCUGAACAACACAUGCACGCCCAAGGAUGCCGUUUCGGCGAAUAACGCAAACAUUAUAGAGGGAGUCUCUAGUGCAGUAGCGAAUAAGGAAAACAUUCCUCCGGCAAACUCUGAUCCCAGCACGGUGGGGAAUGCCAUCACAAGUAUGGAUGGGUUGAAUGCGGAGACUUUGGAUUUGAAUUACUUGAACUUCUCGGACAACGAGAUAAACUGGUUAGCCGAUUUCACCAGCGGUUCUACGCCGUCAAUGUUUGACAACACGCAACACGCUGGCGUGGGGAAUCCCAAUAUUACGAAACAGACCAACAACAACAAACUGACCCCCAGAGAUGUUGUCAUGGAGGAUGUGGAUCGCACGAGCCCGAUUGACACGUUGUCAAUGCCUCUGAUGGAUCUGGAGCAAACGAAGACGCUAAUCACACAGAGAGACAUGUCGAAGCACCCAACCUCUUGUAAAGAACAGUUGCAACGGCUGCCCUUGUUGCAACCGGGGAUGUCCCGUUAUAAAGGUGUAUCCCUUGUUGGUGGUGGGAAACCCCUUGACGACGAUGUCCCUGGAAGUGAUGCGACCGUGUUGGUGAAUUAUUCGACGCCCACGCAGAUGGAUAAGAACAGUGGUGCCAUUGAGGAGGAAGAUGACGAAGAUGACGACGUUAAGAAGAAUAACAGGACCAUGCCCUCCUCCCCUGGUAUCCUGUACGGUUACCACAAGGGCAUCCGGGAUGAGGACCCGGGGAAGCCAGUGGAUGCGUCUAGUGGGUUGACUGCUGAUGACGAUGAUUUGUUCUCGUCGUUUGUGGGUGGUCACUCGAGUGACAUCGACGACGAGGGGAUAAUGAGGGGCAGUGAUGGUGAUAUGAACACUGAGGUUACAUCUGCCACUACUUUAAACUUCAACAGUGAUGGGAAGUGA